GUAAACAAUUUGUAAUUAAACAAAAAAUUAAUCUAUGAUGUCCGUGCCCAAGCGCUUGCUGGUUAUCGACAAUGGUUCGUACGAAUGUCGCGUUGGUUGGCACGACACCAAGCAACCAGAGCUGCGCUUUCGCAAUGUGCUCACAAAGCCACGCAAAGAUAGGAAAAAGGACAAUAGUCAACAAAUACCGGAUGCAGCAGCGAUCCCGACUCCAACAGUGGAUGAAAUUCAAGUGGGCAAUGACAUAUCAAAUAUUGAGGCAGUUCGCGCCCAUCUGAAAUCACCCUUUGAGCGCAACGUGAUAACCAAUUGGAAUCAUCAGGAGCAAAUCUUCGAUUACAUCUUCAGCAAAAUGGGUUUCGAUGGUGACGAUAGCAUUAAGUAUCCGAUUGUGCUAACCGAAGCAUUGGCCAAUCCCAACAUGUCUCGCCGGCAAAUGAGUGAACUGCUCUUCGAAUGCUACAAUGUGCCUGCGGUGUCGUAUGGCAUCGAUGCCCUCUACAGCUGGCGUCAUCAUCAGCAGAUGCAUAAGCAGGUGGCGGAUGCACUCAUCAUAUCGUUUGGCUAUAGUACAACACAUGUGAUCCCAGUGCUGGGCGGCCGUAUGCAGCUGGAGCAUGUGCGUCGCUUGAAUGUGGGUGGAUUUCACAUAAACAGCUAUCUGUUUCGGCUGAUGCAAAUGAAGUAUCCGGUGCAUCUGAAUGCCAUCUCUAGUCGCAUUGAUAAACUGGUCCACGAGCACUGUCACAUCGCUCUGGACUACAAGGAGGAGCUGCUCAAGUGGGCCCAGCUGGACUACUAUGAGGCACACGUCAUGAAGAUUCAGCUGCCCUACAAUCAGGUGACGGCCACCAAUGCGCUCCUCACCGUCGAGCAGAAGCAGGAGAAACGACGGGAGCUGGCACUUCGAUUACUGGACAUUAAGAAUCGACGCGAGCGCGAGAAGCUACAAGAGGAUGAGGAGUACUUGCAGGUGCUGCGUAAGCUGCGACAGUUAUAUGACCAGCAGAAUCUCCAGAAAUUUGAACGUGCGCUGCAGCAGCAACAAAUUGGCAACCUGGAAGAGCUGGACAAACUGAUUGGGACGAUAAGUGCGCGCAUUAAACGCAUCAAGGAACGGGCUGUGAGCGGCCCAUCACGGCCCAGUAAGCAGCAGGACAAGUUGGACAAGAUGCCCAAGCCGCCGGAGGGUGUGCCCCAGGCACAAUGGCUGGCCGAAAUGCGAGAGAAGCGUGAGGAGUUGCAGCGCCGAAAACAGGCACGUCAACAGCAGCGUCAGGAGCAAGCGAAACGGCAUACACAUGCGGCGCAGGAGCGGAUGAGGAUCAUCUCGACGCUGGCGCGCAGCGAGAAGCGACGCAAGGCCAAUGCGGAGGAGGAGGACGAUGGCUUCGGCAUGAACGAUAACGAUUGGGAUGUGUACAAGCGCAUCAAUCGCUACAACGACGACAGCGACUCGGAUGCCGAAAACGAACGUUUGCUCGAAUACGAGAAGAUCCUGCAUCAUUACGAUGCCGGUUUCGAUGAUGCCAACAAUGCUGCACUGCAGGCCCUAAGUGCCGCCGAGAACUAUCAGUUGCACUUUGGCGUCGAGGAGAUCCGUGUGCCGGAGAUACUCUUCCAGCCGAGCAUGAUUGGCUGCACCGAGGCUGGUCUGGCGGAGCUCAUUGCCUUUGUGCUCAAGCUCUUUACUGCCGAGGAGCAGCAGCGCCUGGUCUCGCAUGUCUAUCUAACUGGAAGCUGUGCACAAUUUCGUGGCUUGAAGCAGAGAUUGUCCAAGGAGCUGCUGGAACUGCGUCCAUUUCAGUCCACCUUUGCCAUCUAUGAGUCACAGGAUCCCACUUUGGCUGCCUGGCUGGGCGCCUGUCUGCUGGCAAGUGAACGAAACUUUGCCGAAACAUCGUUGACCACACGACAGCAAUACCAGGAUCGUGGCAGUGAAUAUUUUCGCGAGCACAGAGCAAGCAAUCUCUAUUAUCCUACACCAAAAGAUUAG